AUGUCGAUGUCAGUCCAUGUCGGCCUACUGAGUGGGCAUUCUUGUGUUGUGGACACAGACGCCGCACAGUCGGUCGGGGAGCUAAGACGAAAGGUGCAGCAGAAGCUGCGCAUUGGGGUCAGUGCCUUCGUAGAUGACUCGGGACAGAUGUUGCCAGAACAUCAGUCCCUCAGUGAGGCCGGCAUACAGGAUGGUUGCAGAGUGACUGCGGCCGCAAGCCACAUCCAGGUACUUGGCAGCCGCAUGUGCAAAGCCUUUGCCUUGAUCCGCCCCGAAGGUUCCGUGCUCACUUGGGGAGCUGCAGGUGAGCUUUGUCGUGCAGAGAAGCUGCGGAAUGUACAGCAGAUCGCUGCUUCAGUCGCUGCCUUUGCAGCCGUACAAGCAGAUGGCAAGGUGGUCUGUUUUGGCGAGCCAUGGGCUGGAAGCGACUGCUCUUCCGUUUCUGAGCAGCUACGGCACGUAAAGACUGUGAGAGCCUCCAGCACCGCCUUCGCUGCUCUUACCGAACUCGGCUCUGUCGUCACAUGGGGUUCGAAGAGCUCCGGGGGAGACAGCCAGCCUGUGGCCGAGCAACUUAUAGGCGUGGUGGACAUUGUGUCUUCCUGGUCAGCUUUCGCUGCCAUAAGAGAGGAUGGCUCUCUGGUGACCUGGGGGGAUCUCUAUCGUGGUGGGGAUAGCCGGCCGGUGCAGAAAGAGCUGCGAAAUGUGUGCCAUGUGGCGGCCACCUUGAUGUCCUUUGCAGCACUUCGCAAAGAUGGUUCUGUAGUGACAUGGGGCGAGGAGUGGUCUGGAGGAGACAACACGGUGGUCACGGAUGCACUCGAGGGCGUGCAAACGAUCGUUGCAUCUUCCAGGGCGUUUGCUGCUACCACGGGGCACGGAGGAGUCGUCACCUGGGGAGAUGUAGACAGUGGCGGAUGUUGCAACUCUAUCCAGCCGGAGCUUUUCAACGUUUCUCAAGUUUGUGCAACGGACAGGGCAUUUGCUGCCUUGCGUACAGACGGUCGCGUGAUUUGCUGGGGGAAUGCUGAGUCAGGUGGCUGCUGUGAUCAGGUUCAAUCACAGCUGAACAACAUCCGGCAGAUUGCAGGUUCCAGCUGUGCUUUUGCCGCGUUGCGCUCAGACGGGACAGUUGUUGCCUGGGGUGAUCCGCGCUGUGGCGGCGACAGCAGCGAGGUGGAGCCGCAUCUUGUGGAUGUGGUGCAGAUCUAUGCUUCCUUGUGCGCCUUUUCUGCCCUACUGGCGAAUGGCGAUGUGAUCACCUGGGGGCAGCUUUACCAUGGUGGUGGUGACUCUGCGAGUGAAUAUCGCUGGCAGCGGCAAAGCACGGUCGAUUACUGGCUCGACUGUUGGGCCCGUUGGGCGGAACGCCUCGGCCUGCGGGAAGAGCUGAUGAAGGACCCUGUGGUGGAGCUCCUCCGAUCUGCCGCACCGACCGAAGAAGAACGAAAGCAGCUGCAGUACCAGCGAGAGUGGUACUACCACGACAGCAGCGUCUUCUAUGUGAUGCUCACGGUACGACUUGGCUUGCUGACCUUCAUUCUGGCCCUACUCGGCUUCGAGUUGCUGUUGCAGGGCUGGCUUUGUGGCGAGGUUGGCCAGGCCUUGGCUGUCCCGCGGCUCUUCUUCUCGCCUGCAAAAGCGGCAGAGCUGAGCUUCCAGGUGCCUCGUGGAUUGUAG